UUAUAUCCUUUUGAGAGGGAGUGCUCUUUAUGAGAGUAUCUCUGAGCUUAUAAGUUAUAACCAUGUGUAACCAAGGCACCUGCACCGGUACUCAACCCACCGAGAAACCAUCUCAAACCCAUCUUUAUUUCGAUCUUUUACCAUUACCCGACGCCAUGAAAGAUCAGGAAAAGCAUCAUGAUGAUGAUCAACAAUACCCCUUGGUGUCGGAGAUCGUAAAGGAAGCGAAAUCGCUUUUCAGUCUAGCUUUUCCCAUAGCCUUGACCGGUCUCAUUCUCUAUUCUCGUUCCGUUGUUUCCAUGGUCUUCCUCGGUCGUCUUGGCGAUGUCGAGCUCGCCUCUGGUUCAUUGGCUAUAGCAUUUGCUAACAUCACGGGGUAUUCGGUGCUUUCUGGGCUUGCUUUAGGUAUGGAGCCGCUUUGUUCUCAAGCUUUUGGUGCUCGAAGACCUAAACUUCUGUCUUUAACCCUGCAUCGUUACGUGGUUUUCCUCUUCUUCACGUCGGUUUUAAUAUCGGUUUUUUGGAUGAACAUGUUUAAUAUCUUCGUUUACCUUCGUCAAGAUCGUGAUAUAACCCGCAUCGGCCAGAGGUACUUGCUUUUCUCGCUGCCGGACCUUUUCACCAACUCGUUGGUUCACCCUAUCCGCAUUUACCUUCGAGCUCAAGGCCUCGCCCACCCGAUCACUUUGGCAACGCUCAUCGCCACCGUUCUCCAUUUACCGAUCAAUUUCGUUCUCGUUUCCCAUUUCAACUUCGGCGUCGCCGGCGUGGCGGCCUCGGCUUCCAUCUCCAACUUCUUGGUCCUCGUUUCCCUGGUUGUUUAUGUUUGGUACUCCGGCCUACAUGAGCCGACAUGGGAGAAGCCGAGCAUGGAAUGUUUCACCGGCUGGAAGCCGCUGCUGAAGCUUGCGGCGCCGAGCUGCGUAUCGGUUUGUUUGGAGUGGUGGUGGUACGAGAUCAUGAUCGUUCUGUGUGGGCUUUUGGUGAACCCGAAGGCGACGGUUGCUUCCAUGGGGAUAUUGAUCCAAACGACGUCGUUGAUAUACGUUUUCCCUUCUUCGCUGAGUUUCGCGGUCUCGACGCGAAUUGGGAACGCGCUGGGGGCGAACCGUCCUUACACCGCUAGGCUAUCCGCUGUGGUGGCGGUGUUUCUGUCCGCCACGAUGGGCCUAUCGGCUUCGACGUUUGCUUCAGCGAUGAGGGAUAAGUGGGCCACGAUGUUCACAUCGGACUCGGAGAUCCUACGGUUGACAUCGAUCGCGCUUCCAAUCCUAGGGCUAUGCGAGCUCGGGAACUGUCCCCAAACGGUGGGAUGUGGGGUCCUCAGAGGGAGUGCACGUCCGUCCACCGCGGCUAACGUGAACCUCGGCGCGUUCUAUCUUGUGGGCAUGCCAGUUGCGGUUGGGCUCGGAUUUUAUCUCGGAUUCGGGUUUUCGGGGCUUUGGUUGGGCCUGCUUUCGGCCCAGGUUUGUUGUGCUGGGCUUAUGUUGUAUGUAGUGGGGUCCACUGACUGGGACCUACAAGCGAAUAGGGCCCAGAUGCUGACGUGUGUAGAUACCAAGUUACUUGAUAGUAGCGAUGAUAGUAGGGGCGAGACUUCGGCAUCUUAAUUAAGUUACCCGAUUUCCUUGAGAGGGGUGAUAUGAAAAAUCCUUUAAUUUC